CCCUCUAUUCUAAAUCUUGCCCCUCCCUAAGGUGGAUUAAGACUGUGCACGGCUAACUCUUCAGCAGGUGACCUGCUGUUAUUAUUUUGCUUUCACUUCCCGAAUCGGUAGGCAGUGUGAUUUUAAUUGUUUUACAAGAGGGUGGAUUUUUCUCCUUGUUUCACAGACCAUGGCAGCCAGCAUUAAGGCACUUCAGCAGUGGUGCAAACAGCAAUGCGAGGGUUACCGGGACGUGGAUAUUACCAACAUGACGACCUCCUUUAAGGACGGGCUUGCAUUCUGUGCCAUCAUCCACAGACACAGACCGGAGCUACUAGACUUUAACUCCCUCAGCAAAGAGAAUAUUUAUGAAAACAAUAAUUUGGCAUUCAGAGUGGCAGAGGAAAUGCUUGGUAUUCCAGCACUGCUUGAUGCAGAAGACAUGGUGGCCCUUCGAGUACCAGACCGACUCAGUAUCCUUACCUAUGUCUCUCAAUAUUACAAUUUCUUCCAUGGCCGAUCUCCGAUUGGUGGAAUGGCAGGCAUUAAACGGACAGCUCCAGACUCAGAAGAGUGUAAUGUGAAAAAAGAAAUUCCAGAGCCCAAGAAACCAGCAUUUAGUAAAGUGGCAGUUUCACAGCCCGCUCCAUCUUUGCCAACCCCUAAUAAACCAGUUACAGCUGUUUCUGCUGUAUCGCCUAGGGUGUUAGCUGAGAGCACAAAUAAGCAGGGGACCUUGAGUAGUACAUGUGCCAUUUGUCACAAUCAUGUACACUUGGUUCAGAGACAUCUUGUUGAUGGGAAGCUGUAUCACAGAAAUUGCUUCAGAUGCAAGCAGUGCAGUUCAACGCUACUGUCUGGUACUUACAAGCACGGAUCUGAGCCAGGAACUUUCUUGUGCGUCAGUCACCAGAAUAAGCAUGGAAGUGGUACAUUUAGUGCCGAAAAAUUCCGAACUGCUGCUUCACCUGCAGAGUCCAAACCAGGUCCCAUUGUGCAAGAAAACCAAAAUCGAACACCAGUACCUCAGCCAAGAACUGUCCUGCCUGACCUUCAACAAAAGAAACUUGGAGCUGGCACACACAUUACAGAAAAUUCCCACAACGUUUCAACAACUAGUGGCUCUACUGCCGUUCUCACCAAGCCUGAGCAAAAUCGGACUCCAGUACCCGAGCCAAGAACUUUCUUGUUUAGUAUUCAGCAGAACAAAACUGCAGUUAGCACACACAGUCCAAGCAAUGUUCAAAGUAUUCCUGUACCUGCAAAGAUUACAUCCGACCCUGUUGUGUCACUAAAUCAGAAUCACAUGGGUCCAGCAGUUAGUAGCAACAUCACUGUUGGAACCUUUCAGGGAUCUGCAGAGCCCAAAAAAUCUUCAGCAGAGACUACGUAUCAGAAGAAAAUUUCACCAAGUAAGCAGAGUCCUUCAUUCAAUUUGUCCCCUGCACCUGAAUCUGGGUUAAAUCAGACAACAACCUCAGCAAAUAAACUUCUGAGUCCCACAGCAGAAAAGACUCAGAAUGCCCGAGCAAAAUUCUUCCAGGAUAUGAAUGUGACUCCUGCGAAGGCUGAGGAAAAGUCACAGUGGACCAAAGAUACACCCAAGUCUAGUGAUUUGCAGAGUUCCAGUACUGAUAAAGACAAGGCCAGAAAUUUCUUGAUGAGGAACCUUCCUACUGAUGAGAAGAGUAAUUUUGUACGCAGUGUGACCCCAUCGAGUAAGUCAAGUGGGGACUCCAAACACUCUGAUGUGCGUCGCUCACUCAUGCUUCCAAGCUCACCAACCAGUAAACCUGUCAAAGAAUCCCCAAGCUCUUUUGAAGGUAAAUCAGGGAUACAAGCUACAAGGGAACCUGCACAAGGUAAAUCAGGGAUACAAGCUACAAGGGAACCUGCACAAGCACCACCAAGAAUUGAGAGCAGUAAAUCUGAGUCCCCAGCUGACUGGCGAUCUCGACUGAAACAUGUUGAUAAAGGACCUUCACCUUCAGAAAGGCUGUCAGAUGCAAAAACUAGACAAUCACCAGUAAGAACUCCAGAAGUAAAGAAGGAAGAUUCUUCAGGUCGAUCUGCUGUAAAAUCACCUGACUUUAAAGAAACUGUGAACAUUACACUGAAACCAGCAGUAGUGAAUGACAAAAGAACAGAGCCACUAAAAGUGGUUGUAUCAAAUGACAAGGGAACAGCAGUACUAAAGCCGACAGUAUUGAAUGACAAAGGAGAAGUGUUGUUGAAGGUAACACUGCCAAGUGACAAAGGGGGAGGUGUAGUGAAACCAGUAGUUCCACAUGGCAGUGUGACAGUGCCAAAGAAACAAGAUGUGUCAAAUGACAAAGAGUUAGUUUCAGCAAAACCAGUUGCUCUGAAUGACAAAGGCAGCACAGUGUCACCACCAGCCACAAAAACAGUAGCAAAUGAUAAAGGCACAGUGUCAUCACCAGCCACAAAGCCAAAAGCAAAUGAUAAAGGCACAGUGCCAUCACCAGCCACAAAGACGUCACUUGACAUUCCAGCUCCAAAGGAGUCUAGUCCCAAAAGUGGUACCCCUCAAAGGAAAAAACUUUCAGCAGCUGGCUUAGAUGGCUUUCUAGGUUUACCAGAUGAAAAACCAGCAAACACUGUGGAAAAGUCAAGCCCAAAGAAAAUCACCACUGUGGGGAAACCAGAGACACCAGACAGAAUUUCCUGGAUAACAGAUAAUGGUCACUUGGACAAGAACACAGGUACGCCAGACAAUUCUAUCUAUUCCAACUGGGAUGCUGACUAUAACAUCAAGUCGCCAAAGGGAAGAACAGACUACAUUACAGAGGAGGAGAUACAGAGGCAGCUAAAGGAGAUUGAGGAUAACCUUGACAGCCUCGAACGCAAAGGAGUAGAACUGGAGCAGCAGCUUCGUGGUUGUGAAGGAGAUGAACCAGAUGAUAGCUUAAUGUGUGAUUGGUUCAGGCUUAUCCAUGACAAACAGCUACUGAUGCGGAAGGAGUCAGAACUGAUCUACAUAUCCAAGCAGCAAGCCCUGGAAGAUGAACAGGAGGAUGUUCAAGAUGAACUCCGAAGACUCAUGGACCUGCCAGAGGACAGAAAGACAGAGGCACAGAAAUUACGGGAAAAGCAGUUGCUAGACCAGUACCUGGAAAUCGUGGAAGGGAGGAAUGCAAUAGUUGAAGGCUUAGAUGAAGACAGGUUAAGGGAGGAAGAAGAAGAUAGAGUGAUAAAGCAGAUGAUUCAAAAUCUUGAUGCAUCAAAAGAUAGUCCAGGGGAAAACAAAAAGAAGAAGGCAAAGAAGUUUAGUUUCCGAAAAAUGCUGAAGUCGCCAGAAUGAAAGUUGGAGAGAGAGGCUUUCUUUGUGUUGUCAUACUGUGGUUUUUCACUGUGAACAGAGGUGAUCCCUCAUAUUGUCCUGCUGAGGCAGAGGGAGUGAAAUGAAUGAAGCUAACUUAUUGUAAAAGGAAUGUUGUGUUCCUUACAAUAUAUAAUUCAUCUGUCUUCAACUCGUGAAAUGAUAUGCACUACAAGCAACUGCUGACCAUAGCAUCUAGGACCUUUUAAUGCUAUUACAAGUGUAGGAUCACAUAGUUCCAACAUACACUUCAAUAUCACAAAACUAAACCUGUCAGAAUUUUUUAUACACACAGAGCUAUAAUGCAUUACUCCUGAGCUGUCUAAUCAUGGUCAUGCAAUGCAUGUUAUUUAUAUCACAGCAGCUUUUUUUUUUUUUUAAGUCACAGAAAAAAAUGCAGCUUUGAUUAUGAAGAGGAUAGUCAUAUUUUCAGUAGAGAAAGUCAAACGAAAAUUAACUGAGAUGUGCAAAACUUGGAGUUAAUGUAAAAAAAAUAUAUACAUUGUACUUUUUUAUUGACAUAAAAUGUAUUUUAUUUUGCAUUUGUUGACCGGGCUAGUCUAGCUGGAUACAUGUCCAUUUUCAGUAGAGGCCCGGGGAGAAAAGCUCCAAGAAAGACAUACAAAGAAACAUAAAAGUCAUAAUAGAUCAAAUAAAAAAAAUACAAAAGGCAAAACAUAUCAAACUAAAAACUACAAUUGUAAUAAAAACAUAACUUUUUUUUUUUUUUUUUUUUUAUAAAAGCUUUUAAACUUGGCAGCAGUAAAUUCAGUAAGAAUACGAGUCAUUGACUUUUUUUGUCAGAAGUGAGGAGUGGGAUCUCCCAGAAUGUCUUCAGUCUUAGCUGUGUGCUUUAUGGGAAUAUUUGUGUACUAAAGCGGUUUCAUAAAGCUUGUAUAUUUUUUUGUCAUUGCCACAUACUGACAGUCAUGCUUUCUGCAGUUGUUUGUCAGUGGAUGUACCACACCAGUCAGCACCAGCCUGAUGAAUCUAUAGACAAGGGAGGCCCUGCUGUGAUAAUAUUUGAAGGAAUGCAAGAGUGGUGCUUCUGGAAGAAGUGGUAGAUGCUACGUGGAUAAAGUAAAGGAGAAUAAAUAACCUGUGGCAGAUGUGGAAAAAGUGAAGUGAAGAUGGAAGUACAAUUCGUACUUGCUCCUUGACUGUGCGCCAUUGGCUUAUGUGGUUAAAUCAGAGCAGCAUAAGAUAAAAAACUGGUGCAAUAUAGGCUGAAUAUUUACAUCUUCUAAGAUUUGCCUUGCUUGUUCUGUAGGAUAUUUUACAGUUACUGCUCAUUCUUUUGAUGGAGACUGGAUGGGAAUGUAAGACUGUGGUGAGCUGUGCUGUGAUGACAGUGAUUACUGCACCUUACCGUUGUGUGUCGUAUUUUCUCAGUAUAUGAGGGAUGGUCCAUGUUAUGCAUCUGUAUAAAGAUGUGUGGAGUUUGGUACUGAUUGACAUCAUCUGUCUUCUGACUUCAGUACUUUAGUUAUCCCUUGUAUGGCUGCAACUUGUCAGCCUGACAUCAUUGUACAACAGUUUAACUUUUCUGUUACCAUGGCGGUGGCACUGGGGCUGUCAACUUAUUUCCUCUUUUUGACAGUCUUCAAUGAAUAUUGUCUACUCAUUUUCCUCUCACACUACUGUAGAAGUACUGAUCUGUACAAACUCACAUAGGGAGUACAACUGCGAUAAAGUCAAAUGACAGAAAGCACCCCUUCAGGAAGACGCACCCUGCUGCAAAGUGCUAGAGCAUUAUAUUUGGCUGUAUGUGUAUUUGGAGCUGGUCAGGGUAUUCUUCCGGCCAUAUUUUGUUGAUGACCUAACCUAUACAGUAGUUCCUUCAUUUUCUAUACCAGAGAUGAAAGAGAAGUAAAAUGUGCUGACGGUUAAGUAACACUGUGCUGCUCUACUCAGUGACAGUGGCGACUCUACAAGGAACCAAUAUGCUGAACACAACUCUCAGUGAAGUUUAAUUCCCCAUUCUUUCUUUUUCAUAAGAAAUCACUGCUGGUACAGUUUCUAAGUGUGCCCUGGCAGUGAUUCAUUUGUUUUGAGAGUUAUUUCCCCUUCUUCAUGUUUGUGCAGCUGUGGCGUUGCUAUGUUUAAAAUUUGGCCGUUACACUUUGCAAAAAUUGCUUACAGUCAUUUUUUUCAUCAGGUAGAUUUUUGACCAUUUGUUUCCAUGGAGUUUCCUCCUCAUGGAAUUUUAACUCAAAACCUUGUAGGGAAAACUUAUAAAUUUUGGUAUCCAUAAAUUAUGUAUGUAGCCAUCAUUUUUGAACAAGUGGUUUUCUGCAGAACUUCAAAGGUGUAUUAUGUAUGCAUUAUGUAAAUACUUUGCAAAUAAUGAAUCAAGUAUGAUUUUUUUAAAUGAGUACAUAUAAAUUUAUUGAAGUAAAGAUUUAUUAUGCAACUGUUAAAUAAACUGCAUCGAUAAAUCUGA